CGAAGGCUGCCGAGGAGUACGACCCCCAUCCCCAGUACAAGUACGCCUACGAUGUGCACGAUUCCCUCUCCGGCGACUCCAAGAGCCAGGUGGAGGAGCGCGAUGGCGAUGUGGUCCGCGGCGAGUACUCGCUGGUGGAUGCCGAUGGCUACAAGCGCACCGUCCAGUACACCGCCGAUCCCAUCAACGGCUUCAACGCUGUGGUCAACCGCGAACCCCUCGUCAAGGCUGUGAAGACCAUUGCCGCUGCUCCAGUGGUUGCCCACUACGCUGCCCCUGCUGUGGUCAAGACUGUCGCCCCUGCUUACCACGCCUAUGCCGCCCCUGCUCCAGUCGCCCACUAUGGCCCGGCUGUUGCCUACCAUCAUUAAGUGUGUUAAUUCUAUCCCAGAUCUGUUA